CAUGAGGAGUGGUAACUAUCACGUGCCGGAAUGGGCUGGCAAAAAGAAUUCACCUUGCAACGGCGAGGAAAGGGCUGCCAUCUUGUGACGAAUGAAAUCUUGAGCCAUAUCGAGCCUGGUCUCAAAAACACCCAAGUUGGAAUGUUAUAUCUCUUCAUCAAACACACAAGCGCCAGUCUGAGUGUGAACGAGAACUACGAUCCAGACGUCAGGAAAGGUUUGUGAUCCAGAAUCUAUCUGAGAACUCUCUUCCGAUGCCCCUACCGACAUGGACAUGGCUUUGGACCACAUCGUGCCCGAGAAACUCGACUGGCUGCACACAGACGAAGGCCCGGAUGACGGAUCAGCGUAUCGCACACAAAGGCCUCUCUCAUAGGUUCCUCCAUCACUAUUCCAAUCACAAAUUCCAAACUCAACCUCGGGACCUGGCAAGGCAUCUAUCUAACCGAAUUUCGCCGUAUGGAGCAUAGCAGAAAAAUUGUUGCAACCAUCCUAUCUUGACGAUUGUAAUUUACUGCGAAUUCUUUGUCACCGAGUAUUCACAAAGAUCCAAAUGCGCAUGUAAUUCUGGCUUGCUUAACUAUGUUGAACGCGAGUCCUGUUGCAAAAGCGUGCUUUCCAUCGGCCUCCGAGGGCGCCGGCGCAGCCAUCUGAUCUCAGCCAUGCACUACCGUAUUAGGCAUGAUGCCGUCUUAGUACAAUUGUAACCUCUUUCCCCCCCGCGCAUACACUGUCGUUGCAUCGUGUCCAGCAUCCCAGGAGACGUGCAGCGGAAUAAUCCGACUACUCAGCAAGGUUACUUGACGGCGGCGCACGGACACACCCGAGAAGACGACAGUCGUCGCCCGUUGCAACUUCUCUACCCGUUCCGUUUCUGAGUAACUGGCCAUGCCCAAGACCCCCAAUCCAGGCGCCAGCCGCCCCGCUCUCCGUAGGAACCAGGCAUGUCGUUCUUGUCGUCGGAAGAAGCUUAAAUGCGAUGCCGCCCGCCCUCACUGCGGAACAUGCGUGAAACAACACCAAGCUGUUAUCAGCGUCCCCGCGCCCAUUGGUUAUACACACCCUCUGGAACCGACAUGCUUGUACGACCCCGUGGACGGAUUGUCGCUUGCCCCGGACACCGACCCUCUCGAGAAAAUUAGACAGCUGGAAACACAGAUAGCACAACUGAGGAACAGGCUGCACGACGAUGAACAUAGAACUUCUCGAUCUUCGUCUCCGAAGCGACCGGGCUCUACAGCGAAUGCAUCGGAUGGGGGUAUAUCACUUCCGCAGGCCUCGCUUUCCAUGAUGAAUCUCAUGCCGAAUGACUCGAUGAGUGAUCACAGUCCCACCCAGGGCCUACCGGAACCUCUCAUGGACCUCCUCUUCCUCGGUUGGAAUCCAGAUCUACCUGAUCCAGCCACUUUGAACCACUACAUCGAGACGUUCUUCAAGUGGGAUCCAUGCGGGUCUCGAGUGUUGCACCGCCCUCGUUUCUGUCUUCAAUGCAUCUGUCUCCUCGAGAUCCCGGAUUUCCUCACUCCUCAAUCCUACACGCUAUCUGCACAGCCGCAUCUCGGUGGUCUCCGCAGAAUCUCGUCACACUACCCGAUGGAAGUCGCCGGGACCAAUUUGCGGAAUUCCAUGCAAGCAAGACUCGCCAGUAUAUGGACAAGACCAUGGCAACGGGAGAAGAUAUCUUUCCGGUGCUCCAGGCUUGCAUCAUUCUUUGCUGGUACUUCUACCAAGAAGGCCGGUGGGUGGAAGUGUGGAUAUUUGCCGGGUUUCUGACCCGUGUGGCUAUCCCUUUGCGCCUAAACUACCCUGGCACAUUUACAACCCACGGAAACAACUCCCCGGGAGCAUAUCUUGCGCCGCCGAAGGAUUUCCGGGAUCUGGAGUCGAGGCGUCGAACAUGGUGGAUGACCAUUGUUUUUGACCGGAUCGCCUCUGUUGGGGGAUGGAUUCAUGCUGUUGACGAACGAGAUCUGGGCACUGAGCUGCCUCUUCGUACGGUGGACUUUGAAUCUGAUACUGCCGUUCCGAGCAACCCUCAGGACAUUUCUGCGUUUGAUAUCUUCACAAGACAUCCCCCACAGUACACCGAUUCCUUCCUGCUUUUCAUCAAAGCUGUGAUGUUGUUUGGGCGUGUCACUGAUUUCAAUGUUCGUGGAAACCUGCGAGCGCCGACUGCUCCCAGCAAAAACCAGAAUCCUUUUUUCCUGGAGGGCUUCAAGGAGCUGGAUGCACUCGUCUCCACGGAUUUCCUAGAGAGCCUGCCACCCAUCUUCAAGGCUAAUUCGGGGGUCACCGAUGCACCCCAAGGCUGUGACCUCGACACUGAUCUCUAUAUGGUCAAGCUGAUUCCCUAUGCCGCAACUAUCACCUUGCACAAUCCUUAUCUUGACUUCACAAAUCCUCAAUGUGUUUCCACGGCUCGCUGUGUCAAUGCGGCGCGCAGUAUUCUUGGCGCUUACUCAAUGCUGUCCGCUACGUCCCUGGAUAUCACGCGCCUGCACCCUUUCGUAGUGCUCUGCUGGUAUCUGGCUGCGGUCGUUCAGGUCCAGCUGUGCAAGUAUUUCAUCGAGAUCGGCGAUACGGAACGAGAAAGCACAGUCUGGGGUGAAAUCGCGGUGCUUCGAUUUGCCAUGCUGAUCUAUGGCCAACGUUCACCUAUCGGAACUCGUCAAGAAAGUCUUCUUCAGGGAAUAAUGCGAGAGAUCAUCCGGAUGACGUCCACCAAUCCCAAUCUUGACAUCAGCUUGCCGCUGUAUCCGUUCUCGAGGACAACACUUUGGCGGAAAGACGAGAGCGGUUCCCAGCCAUCUCCGAUUGAGGGCUCCAGCGGAAUAGCCCCGCUGCCUGCCAGUCAAGCUUUAGUUGCUCCUGAUGUUUCCCAGCAUCGCCGACAGUCUUCUGGCGGCACAUCGACCAAAAGCCCGAGUGCCUGGGUAGCGAUGAGCUAGGGCUGAACAGCGUGUUGUUAGGAUACUAACGUCUUCCCUUUCGAUAAGUUAUAUUACUUGUUUGUAUACCUGUAUCUAGUUGUAUCUGUCCUGAGUUUUGACACACGUUCCGUUCUUUCAAUCGGCAUCUGUCAUGACUACACGUGACUCGCAGAUAUUACAUUUCGUCUUCCGUCCAAACGAGCAUGGCCGACACGCAGCAAGACACCUUACCGCCGCCGCCACCCUCCAAAGGCUCCAAUUUCGCGCCACUAGACCUCAGCUCCUCUUCUUUCUCUUCCCUCCCCGUGCCAGGUGCCUCAUCAUCAAGUACUCCCGCCUCCCCCAUGUCUCCGUCGGGCCCGGAGUCCAUGGAAGCCAGGCAAAAGCGAUCCAACCCGUUGACGGACCUCAUCGAUACCGAAAAGUCCUAUGUCGAGCAACUGACUGGCAUCAUUCGAAAAGUCGCCGCCGCGUGGUCGAGGUCGAAUCUCCCGCCCCCAGAGCUGGACAACAUCUUCCGGGGAAUUGAAGGGGUAUACAAAGCGAAUCGGUCUCUGCUGGCGAAAUUGAGGGAGAUUGGAACCAAUCCCUCGUCUCCCAAGGCAUUAGGAGAUCUACUGAUGCGAUGGAUUGACGACCUUGAAGUCCCUUAUACCUCAUAUUGCGGCAAAUUCUGCACGGGUUUCGACGACUGGGAACCUGUGCAGAGCAACCCCCGUUUGCCGACUGUGAUGGGCACGUUCUCGGUUAGCAUCCCUCCCCCAACUUGGGCCUGCAAUCCGAACCUCGAGACCCCGACUUGGACAUUAGAUGGGCUGUUUCUGCUUCCCAAAGCCCGGCUCAAGUACUAUCGCAAACUCUACUCCCGACUUCUGAAAAGCACGACUCCCGGGCGUAGCGACCACAAACUCCUCGUUGGCGCGUUGGACAAGUUGGACAGGCUGUUAGACACGCUUGACAUGCGGGAGCAGAUCUUUGUUGGAGCGCCCGAGGAACCCGCAGACACUGUUGUUUUGCAACCGUCGGCUCCGAGCAUCGAUGGGAGCUCGCAGAACGACCGAAGUGCGACGACUUCGCCUCGAUCUACCCUAAAUGAGAGCGUUCGCAUGAGUAACUUUGAGCAGCCGGGCGGUAGCGAGACGAGUUCAGCCAGAGGGAGCAGCUUGUCGUCUGGGGAACGGCUAUCCCGAGAAACUGCGAAUACAUCCAUCAGCCGUGUCUCGUCGUCGACGAUGUCAAUGCCGAUUUCUGAUCUCGAACGACGAUUGACCACGGAACGCACUCUGGACAUCUUCACAAUGAGACCCAAGGUCGUCCGGCUGCAGAUGUCCCCUCCAACGCUACAUUUCACUCGAGAACUCAGAUUCUCCGUCGAUGCCCUUAUCCGUUUCACGCCACGAGCAACUGGAGUCGAAGUCGUGCACCGCAUGGGACACCUCUUCCUUCUUUCGGACUUAUUUUUGAUCUGUGAGCGGAUGUCGAACGAAGAGCGAAGUCAACACGGAAGCGAGGGGGCCGAUAUGUGGUUGUGUUAUCCACCUCUGGCCGGUAAAGUGCUUCGGGUGGCUGCAGUUGAGGGCCAAGAUAAUGCUCUCGAAGUCGCGAUCAUGCGGAAGGAGACACUGAUCAUCGAAGCCGAAUCAGUGCACGUUCGAAACUUUAUGCUGGCUGAAUUCCAAGAGUGCAUUGCAUUUGCCAGUUCUUUGCCUCCUCCUGCCAGUCAGCCGCCCCCGCCGCUACCGCCGCUUCCGGCAAAUGCUGCCGGCGAGCAAGGGUCGCAGCGGUCUCUGCCUGGGAUACCGCCAGAUGGGCCUGUCGGUCCUGGCCAGAAUAUGCCUCCACGGCCAUCUCCAUCACAGGAAUCUCAUCCUUCGGCUUCAAGCUCUCAACCCUUCUUUGCCAGUCCUGGACAAGUCGUCCCCCCGGCACGAAGCGCGAGCUACGGCUCCAACAUGGUGAACGCCGGGUACCGAUCGCCUCCCCCGUCCGGACCGAUGCCGGGUUCCAUCAUGCCUGGGUCAGCGCCUCCGUCGAGGCCUCCGUCCGAGCCACAGCAAACGGGAUUACAUCACUCGCCAUCCGGUGUUUCACUGCGGUCGCAGUAUUCUCAGCAAGAUUAUCCCCCACCGCCGAUGCCCAACUACCCCCGAGGCAUGCCAAACGGGCCCCCAGGUGGGCCGCCGUACGGGCCACCCAACGGCGGGAUGCCGAAUGGACCUCCCCCGGGCGGGAUGGUCAACGGACCGGGACCAGGAGGGAUGCCCGGUGGUCCUGGGCCCGGAAUGUAUGCUCCCCAGCCGCGGACGAUGAUUCCUUCGGGGCAACUGGGAGUCUCCAUCCCUCGUCACGUCCCGUCGUUCCACGAGCCCAGCCCGCCGAACUCGCCUGUGGAGGAGACUCCCGUGUUCACAGGCCCCGUGACAUCGACGAUCUCGGCCGAAAUGAAGUGCAAAGUGUUUUUGAAGCAACACCACGCGCAGUGGAAAUCGCUGGGCUCGGCCAAGCUGAAGCUGUACCGGCAAAGCCCAACGAACGUGAAGCAGCUUGUCGUCGAGACUGGCUCGAAGGGAUCGAUCCUGAUCUCCACCAUUGUGUUGUCGGACGGGGUCGAGCGGGUCGGGAAGACGGGAGUCGCCAUUGAGCUGAGCGACAUGGGAGUGAGGACCGGAAUAGUAUACAUGAUCCAGCUCCGGACGGAACAGUCUGCCGGAGGGCUGUUUGACAGUCUCAUCGAGGGCUCCGACCGGACCCGCUAA